UCUAAAUUUCAACCCACUGACUCGCUUCAAUAGUAGGAAAAUAGCAGGUAAAAAUGGCCGGUUUGCUCGCAUGGGCGGCGGAUGUCGUCGGCGGCGGCGCGAACCACGACGACGAACAGACCACUUCCAUCCCCAUAAUAUUUACUCCGGAGCAGCAGAAGUACGUUCGAGAAUUGAAUCAGAAAGCAGCUUCUCUUAGCCGCUCGAUCCGCGAUCUGCGCCUUCGAUUGCCUCCACCCGACAUCUCCCAACGGCUUCCCCACCUUCAUGCCCACUCCCUUGCGUCCACUGCCGAUCUUACUCUUCAAUUGAACGCCCACUCUUCCACUCGCGAACAGGUCCAAUUGAGAGAGAUAUCAUUACAGGAAGAAAAUGUUGCAUAUGGAAAGGCUAUAUCAAAUUGCGAAAAUAAAAUACAGGAAAAGAGGCAUGAAGCAGAUUUGCUUCUGAGGAAGUUAGAGGAGUUGGAAGAAACCACCAAGAAUCUGGAAGUUGAGCUAGAACAAGCACAAGCUGCUCUAGAAAAAGAUGAAUCCAUCAACUUUGGAAAAUUGGCAUCUAAACCUUCUAAAGUUGAAGCAGAACAAGAUAUGGAAGUAUCAAAGUCUGCCUUGCUAGAAAAAUUAGAGAUCAAGAAACAAGAACUGAGUUCAAUGGAAGAUACAGUUAAAGAUUUAGAAAAAAGAUGGGCAGACGUUCAGGAUAAAGCUCUAAAACAGCCUUCACCAGUUCAGAGAGUGAAAAUGUUGGACAAACAGCUCCAUAGCCUCAUGGAGCAACUAGCUGUAAAACAGGCACAAGCUGAAGGUUUGGCAAGUGACAUUCAUUUGAAGGAGAUGGAGCUGGAAAAACUAAAUGCAUCAUCAAGGAGGCUUCAAAGUAGCAGCUCCGAGGCUAACAUUGCUCGGAAUCGUUUUGGAAGAAGCAUGUCGGAUAAGAAUUUUUCAGACCACUUAGCUGACUCACACCACAAACUUCCUUAUCGCACCGGUGGACGGAGUGACAGUCAACAGAGACUGAUGCUACUCAGGUCUGCUUUCGUGCUCUACAUUUUAGCUCUGCACAUCCUGGUUUUCAUCAAAAUUUCUUUCUGAUUUCCGAAUAACCAUACGGAUGGUCGGAGUGAAGAGCAACAGCAACCGAUGCUACUCACAUCUGCUUUCGCGCUCUACAUUUUAGUUCUGCACAUCUUGGUAACAUCAAAAUUUCAUUCUGAUUUCUGAACAACCAUACUGAGAUUGCUAUCUGACUAUUCAUCAGUAUUUUAUCUGUAUGUAAUUCUUCUUUAGAUGUAUAGAAACUCGAUAUCGAGCCAUGUUAUUUUCCUACUCAUAUCGAAUACAACAUCGUUAAUUGAA